UACAUUUAAUUAAGGAAUAAAAAUAAAACAAAUAUUUGAUCAAGAAAAAAAACUGCUGGAAGAUUUCUAGCUUGAUUCAUCCUCUUUCUCCGCCAUCUUCCCCUUUUUAUUUCACCUGAAGUUCUUAGGAUUCAUCAUCUAACUGUCACUUCCCUCUUGAAUAGCUUCCAAGGUUCUUGGUUUCCAGAGGAGUUUCAGUAUUGUACAUAUAGAUCAUUAUAUUCUUUUAGGAAAACAAGUAUCAGACGAGAAUAAUCUGCUUGUUGCUUGACUAAAUCGACGGUUUGGAUCCCAUCGAAUGGCGAUGUUCCGUCGCUUAUUCUACAAAAAGCCACCCGAUCACCUUCUCGAGAUCUCGGAGCGUGUUUAUGUUUUUGACUGUUGUUUCUCGAGCUAUGUCAUGGGAGAGGAUGAGUACAAACUGUACUUGGGCGGCAUCGUGGCGCAGCUACAGAAACAUUUCCCAAACGCCUCUUUCAUGGUGUUUAACUUUAAAGAAGGAGAACAGCCUAGUCAAAUAUCAGAUGUCUUGUCUCCGUACAACAUGACGGUUAUGGAAUAUCCUCUGCAGUACGAGAGUUGCCCUCUUUUACCUCUCGAAAUGAUCCAUCACUUUUUGAGAUCGAGCGAGAGCUGGUUAUCUUUGGAAGAUCAACAGAAUUUUCUGUUGAUGCAUUGCGAAAGAGGUGGUUGGCCUAUUCUUGCGUUUAUGUUAGCAGGGCUACUACUAUACAGAAAGCAGUAUCAGGGGGAGAUGAAGACUCUCGAGAUGGUGCACAGACAGGCUCCCAAGGAGCUUCUUAAGAUAUUGUCUCCUCUAAACCCUCAGCCUUCUCAACUCAGAUAUCUUCAGUACAUUUCUAGAGUUGAUUGGCCUCCUUCAGACACGCCUCUUCUUUUGGAUUACUUGAUUCUCAGUGAUCUUCCAUGUUUUGAGGGAAGUAAAGGUUGCAGACCGAUUUUACGGGUUUAUGGUCAGGACCCUAAAGCUAGAGCCGACAAGAGUUCAGUAGUUCUCUUUUCCACACCAAAGACAGAUACACACACUCGCCUCUACCAACAGGAAGAGUGUAUCCAGGUGAAGUUAGAUAUCCAGUGCCAUGUUCAAGGGGAUAUUGUUCUGGAAUUAAUAAACUUGCAUGAUGAUUUGGUGCGUGAGGAGAUGGUCUUUAGAAUCAUGUUCAACACAGCAUUUGUACGUGGUAAUGUUCUAAAUGUCCAAAGCGAUGAGAUGGAUAUACUUUGGGAUGCCAAGGACCAGUUCCCAGGGGAAUUCAAGGCAGAGGUACUUUUUUCUGGUGUUGAUGCUGUGGUGCCUACUAUCGCAACAGCUCCAAUGUCAGAAGAUAAGAAGGAAGAUAUCACUUCACCUGAAAAAUUUUACGAGGUGGAGGAGACUUUUAACCAUGUGAUUGAUGACCAUAAGAUUGACUCAGAUAGUUUUGGGGUUGUUGAUACUGCUUCAGAAGUUUCUGAGGGUAAAGAGGUGUGGAAGGGGGACGUGGAACCCAAUGCGUUUCUAGAUUGUGCAUCUGAUGAUUCAAAUCAUAAACAUGAUGUGCAUGGGGAGGCUAGCAUAGAUCUAGUCAAAGAUAUCGCUGUUGAUGAUUUACAGUAUAGGUCAGAUGGGAAGGCAGAUACCAAUAUUGACUCAGUGAAGGAAAUAGGAAUAGACGAUGGUGAUGAGCAGCGAGAGAGAAGGACACUGGAAGCAAAGGAAAAUAAUGUAGAAGGCAGUGAUUCCCCGAAUGAUAUAGAGCCUACAACUCAGGAAACAAAUACCAAUAUCAACAACCCCAUUUCAGAGAAAACACAAGACGGAGCAAAUGCAAAACUGGCUGGAGAUUCACUCAAACCAAAGUCUAAGCAGCAAGAAACGCAGGGUCCUAAUGUAAGAAUGGCUAAGCCUGAUGCAGUUUCUCUACCCGCUGCCUCUACACAUCAGGCGCAUCCACCUCCACCUCCAUAUAUGAUUUCUCUAACUAGUGAUGCUACAUCAGUUUUACUCGCCUCGCAAGCAGCUGCAUCACCUCCUCCACCGAGCCAAAAUGACAGCUUCUUUCAAACACCUCAGAUUCCACCAUCUCCUCCGUUUGCAUUUGAGAGACCAAACAGUGGGAUCAUGUUGCCUCCACCGCCUCCUCCUCCUCCCCCACCUCCGUUUGCAUCUGCCAGGAAAAACAGUGAAACCAUGUUGCCUCCUCCACCACCACCUCCACCACCGUGGAAGACUGUGGAUACUUCGAGUUUUGAAACUCAUGAGACAUGCUCUACAUCUUACGGUUCUCCACCGCCGCCUCCACCUCCUCCUCUUCCUCUCACUAAAGCACAUUCAAUCAUUCCUCCUCCACCGCCUCCCCCAAGUUAUGGAUCGCCACCUCCUCCAAGUUAUGAACCUCCAGUUCCUCCACCACCGCCUCCUUUUAGUAAAACUUCCCCUCCACCACCACCACCACCACCUCCAUUUAGUUCUGGUGGGCCUCCGCCUCCACCACCACCUCCAUUUAGGUCUGGUGGACCUCCACCUCCACUUCCUACACCAAUGAGUGCUCCACCUCCACCACCACCUCCAUUUAGGUCUGGUGGACCUCCCCCUCCACCUCCAACUCCGACACCAAUGAGUGCUCCACCUCCACCACCUCCUCCGAUGCGUGGAGGAGCCCCACUGCCACCAGCUCCUCCUUCGAUGCGUGGAGGAGCCCCUCCUCCGCCUCCUGGGCCAAGACCUCCAGGUGUUGGACCUCCUCCACCCCCUGGACCAAGACCUGUUGCUGGUGGAAGAGGGCGUGGUCUUUUACGUCCAGGUGUGGGGCCGUCAAUUCAAAAAAGGUCUUCUCUAAAGCCCUUAUAUUGGGUUAAAUUAGCAAGGGCCUUGCAGGGAAGCUUAUGGUACGAGUUCGAGAGACGGGGAGUAGGGAAAAUUGCACAUGAAUUUGAUGUAUCAGAAAUAGAGACGCUUUUCCCUGCUACAGUGCCAAAACCGGCUGAUAAAUCUGGAGGUCGAAGAAAACCGUUAGAGCCAAAACCUGAAAAAAUUCAACUGAUUGACCUUAGGAGAGCCAAUAACACGGAAAUUAUGCUUGCGAAAGUAAAGAUGCCACUGCCUGAUAUGAUGGCUGCAGUUCUGGCGAUGGAUGAUACUGUAUUAGAUAUUGAUCAGAUAGAGAACCUUGUAAAGUUUUGUCCAACCAAUGAAGAGAUGGAGCUUCUUAAGAACUACACUGGUGACAAGGAAAUGUUGGGAAAGUGUGAGCAGUACUUCCUGGAGCUAAUGAAGGUGCCACGAGUAGAAUCAAAGAUGAGAGUUUUUUCCUUCAAGAUUCAGUUCAGCACUCAGAUUACAGAAUUCAAGAAAAGUUUAAAUGUGGUAAUUUCUGCGUGUGUGGAGAUCCGUACUUCAGAAAAGCUAAAAGAAAUUAUACAAAGGAUUCUUUACCUGGGGAACAUAAUGAACCAGGGAACUGCAAGGGGCGCUGCAGUAGCAUUCAAGUUGGACAGUUUGUUAAAAUUAAACGAUACACGUGCUGUUAACAGCAAUACCACUCUCAUGCAUUAUCUCUGCAAGGUCAUUGCUACUAAGGCGUCAGAUCUACUGGACUUCCAUAAGGAUCUUGAAAGUCUUGAAUCAGCUUCAAAGAUACAAUUGAAGUCUCUAGCUGAGGAAAUGCAAGCUAUAUCCAAAGGGUUGGAGAUACUGAAGCAGGAGCUCACUGCAUCCGAAAGUGAUGUUCCUCUUUCUGAAGUUUUCCGUAAAACAUUGAAGGAGUUCAUUUCAUUUGCUGAGGAUGAAGUGGAAACUGUAAAGAGUCUUUACUCUGACGUGGGAAAGAAUGCUGAUUUACUUUCGUGUUAUUUUGGGGAGAAUCCGAAAAACUGUACAUUUGAACAAGUUACUGCAACCCUCUUGAAUUUUAUAAGGUUGUUCAAGAAAGCACACGAAGAGAAUGUCAAGCAAGUGGAGUUGGAGAAGAAAAAAGCAGCGAAGGAAGCGGAAAUGGAGAAGGCGAAAGGAGUCAGUCGCACAAAAAAAAGAGCAGUUGAUGAUAGCUGACACAAAAACAUAAAUCUUUUUUUCUCAAAGAGAACCAAUUUGGUUUUGUAUGCCAGUGGGGGCGGUGCAAGUAACCUAUCCGCAGAGUGGCACAGAGCGGUUUAAACAAGCUCAGGUCCUAAUGGGAGCGAGAUUCUCCUGGGUGGGCUAUCGAGGAACCAUUGGAAGAUAAGGAGACAGGUCUUUCCUCCACUCACGUUACAUGACUAACUCCACAUUGAUUAGUUCUAUCUAGCUUGUGAAUAAGAACUAUUUCCUGUUUAUUUAUUUUUUCUUGUCCUGAUUAGAGGAAUGUGUUGAUAGAUUGUAAGUGUUGUAUAGGCUUCAGGUUGAGUUAAAGAGAGAUGUAGAGUCUACUGAGUGUGUAAGUAUGUAUCAUACCAACAAUAUCAAUGUUCUUUUCAUUAUGUAGUGUAGACGAAUAAAACAAAACAUUCGAACU